AUGUGGCCAGGCCCCAGAGAUGAAGCCCUGAGCACAGUAGGUCCACUCUGCAUCCCUGGACCAGGACUCACCAGGACGCCCAUCCUGGAAAAGGUCCCCCAUAAGAUGGCAGCAAAAACUCCCAGCAGUGAGGAGGAGUCUGGGCUGCCCAAACUGCCCGUGCCCCCCCUGCAGCAGACCCUGGCAACGUACCUGCAGUGCAUGCGACACCUGGUGCCUGAGGAGCAGUUCAGGAAGAGCCAGGCUAUUGUGCAGCAGUUCGGGGCCCCUGGUGGCCUCGGUGAGACCCUGCAGCAGAAACUGUUGGAGCGGCAGGAGAAGACAGCCAACUGGGUGUCUGAGUACUGGCUGAAUGACAUGUAUCUCAACAACCGCCUGGCCCUGCCCGUCAACUCCAGCCCCGCCGUGAUCUUUGCUCGGCAGCACUUCCCUGGCACCGACGACCAGCUGAGGUUUGCAGCCAGCCUCAUCUCUGGUGUACUCAGCUACAAGGCCCUGCUGGACAGCCACUCCAUUCCCACUGACUAUGCCAAAGGCCAGCUGUCAGGGCAGCCCCUUUGUAUGAAGCAAUACUAUGGGCUCUUCUCCUCCUACCGGCUCCCCGGCCAUACCCAGGACACGCUGGUGGCCCAGAACAGCAGCAUUAUGCCGGAGCCUGAGCACGUCAUCGUAGCCUGCUGCAAUCAGUUCUUUGUCUUGGAUGUUGUCAUUAAUUUCCGCCGUCUCAGUGAGGGGGAUCUGUUCACUCAGUUGAGAAAGAUAGUCAAAAUGGCUUCCAACGAGGACGAGCGCUUGCCUCCAAUUGGCCUGCUGACGUCUGACGGGAGGAGCGAGUGGGCCGAGGCCAGGACGGUCCUCGUGAAAGACUCCACCAACCGGGACUCGCUGGACAUGAUUGAGCGCUGCAUCUGCCUUGUGUGUCUGGAUGCUCCAGGAGGCGUGGAGCUCAGCGACACCCACAGGGCACUUCAGCUCCUUCACGGCGGAGGGUACAGCAAGAACGGGGCCAAUCGCUGGUACGACAAGUCCUUGCAGUUUGUGGUGGGCCGAGACGGCACCUGUGGUGUGGUGUGCGAACACUCCCCAUUCGAUGGCAUCGUCCUGGUGCAGUGCACUGAGCAUCUGCUCAAGCACAUGACACAGAGCAGCAGGAAGUUGAUCCGAGCAGACUCUGUCAGUGAGCUCCCCGCCCCCCGGAGGCUGCGGUGGAAAUGUUCCCCGGAAAUUCAAGGCCACUUAGCCUCCUCGGCAGAAAACCUUCAACGAAUAGUAAAGAACCUUGACUUCAUUGUCUAUAAGUUUGACAACUAUGGGAAAACAUUCAUUAAGAAGCAGAAAUGCAGCCCCGAUGCCUUCAUCCAGGUGGCUCUCCAGCUGGCCUUCUACAGGCUCCACCGAAGACUGGUGCCCACCUACGAGAGUGCGUCCAUCCGCCGAUUCCAGGAGGGACGCGUGGACAACAUCAGAUCAGCCACUCCAGAGGCACUGGCUUUUGUGAGAGCCAUGACUGACCACAAGGCUGCUGUGCUGGUUUCUGAGAAGCUUCUGCUCCUGAAGGAUGCCAUCCGUGCCCAGACUGCAUACACAGUCAUGGCCAUAACAGGGAAGGCCAUUGACAACCACCUGCUGGCGCUACGGGAGCUGGCCCGAGCCGUGUGCAAGGAGAUGCCCGAGAUGUUCAUGGAUGAAACCUACCUGAUGAGCAACCGGUUUGUCCUCUCCACCAGCCAGGUGCCCACAACCAUGGAGAUGUUCUGCUGCUAUGGUCCUGUGGUCCCAAAUGGGUAUGGUGCCUGCUACAACCCCCAGCCAGAGACCAUCCUUUUCUGCAUCUCCAGCUUUCACAGCUGCAAAGAGACUUCUUCUAGCAAGUUUGCAAAAGCUGUGGAAGAAAGUCUCAUUGACAUAAGAGACCUCUGCAGUCUGCCGCCGCCUGCCGAGAGCAAGCCAUUGGCAACAAAAGAAAAAGCCAUGAGGCCCAGCCAGGAACACCAACCUUGA